AUGCCCGACAACGAGACCACGGACGACUACAGCGCGAGGCCCACGGCGACCGUCUCCAGCCUCGACUCAACGGAACUUUUAAUAUGCAAAUCGCCUCAAGACGAAAUAAAGAAACCCAAAAAAACAGUUAAAGAAAGUGUGUCUUCGAAGAGCGUGGAAGCGGGCAGUGGUGUGCAUAGUGGCAGGAAGCUAGUUGUGUUUCUGGGAUUGGGACAGGUCGUGCUAGGUGCUUUGCUAGUUGGUGCUGGAGCCUUCGCCGUAGUGAAGGGCGCCGCCCUGUCCAGGGUAGGAGCCGGACUGUGGGCGGGAUGCGUGGCAGUCGUCUCAGGAGUUGUGGGAGUACUCGCCGGCAUCAACGAUUGCUAUGGAUUACAUGUCGCAAAGAGCGGGAGUCCGUUACUGACGGCUUUUUUGGCGUUGUCCUUGCUGUGCUUAGCGUGUGGCAACAGUGCUGCAGUGCUAGCGGCCACUGGGCUACAACGCGACACGAUGCGAGCACAGCCCGUGGAACCCGCUAGCUUUGAGGAUGAAAUGCAAGCAUGGACGCCGGUUCUGACCAACAUAGCGUUGCUGAUCAUUGCAACAGCGCACUGCUUGAUCAGCAUCGUCAGUAUCUACCACUUGUCUAAGAGGAUAUGUCCCUGCUUCCGCCCGAAGCAACCCUUCGACCAUAACCAAUUCGAUCCCACUUUUAAAGGAGGUCAGCCGUUUGUGGUUACAGUAGACGAAGCCAAAAAGACUCAAGACGUGGAGAGAAAUAAGAACCACAAACUAUGUAAGGAGUUGGAGAUAAAACUUCAGGGAGAGACAUUGAAGAAAAAAAAGGACGAGACUCAGGAGUUUGGGAGUGCGAACAGCAAGGAGAAAUUGGUGACGCACUGGCUGGGUCAAGGAACUGCGACGACGGGGCGGACACGACACGGCGUUCGGAAACAGAGAAACAAACACCCCCCCGUGGUCCUCCUGCCUGCCCACCCCGCCAGCACCCUGGGUCGAGUGCCUGCAUGUGUGAUGGUGCCACAACGUUACGCCACCCUCCCUCUGCCACCAGCGCCGUACCCCCACCACGGACCGGUCUAUUAUCCCGUCCACGACACUCGCGUCCGACGCCGCCGCUCGCCUCGCUCCGGGGAGCGACGGCGCCGCGAGCGACAGCGCGACUCCCAGCUGCGGCGCUCGCUCGAGAGGAUACACCGCAAGCGACGCGCCGACCGUGACGUCACCGAUGCCGACCUCAAGCGUACUUAUACAGGACUCGACAGGGCAUACGCUGAGCAGUUCAUAGCGGUUUGCGACGAGAGUAGACACGCGGCAGAACAGCACGACUCUCUGGCCACAUCCCACACCAGCAGCUCUAGCAACGCCCAAGAGAAUUGAGUACACGUACCCAUCAAAUAUUUUAACU